GGGAGCCGCGCGUAGCCGCGCUGAGGCGUCGCGUCCUGUCCCGCCUCCGCUGCGGAGCGCUGCGUGGCGGGCACCUGGAGAGGCGGAGGAUAUUAUCAGCAUUUUGAUGGUACCUCUGGCAGGCAUGAGUCCUGUAAGCCUAUUCUGGGUUGUGGAGGUGAAAUGAGAUCAGACAGGAAGUUGAGGAGAGAUGGUUGUACUAUGAAAAUGGUCAUUACCAGCAGCUCUGAUAACCUGCCUUGAUAGUGAUCUUGGCUGAAGGACUGAAUGUGAAAUGGUCACGAAGACUGUUCUCUCUGUGUCUUACGAGUUGUCAAGUAACAGCUGCUGUGGGCUGUGAUCUCUCGAAGCCCAGCAGGAUUCUGGAUUGCUGAGGUUUCUACAGCAGGGCUGGUCCAAACUGAGAACAGCUCAUGUUGCUACAUGACUGUCAUCUUAGCAUUCCUCUGGAAUAAUGUAUUGCACUGCUGGCAGGAAUUAAUGUCUGUAAACAUCAGUGAAUGCGGACAUGAAGCCUUUCGGGAAGGCUUUCAAGUGGAAGAGCUAGUAGACUGCUUUGAAGUCAACGCGAACUUCUGUGACAAAAAGAACCUGGAGGACCUGUGAUAGGGAGCAAGUGUUUUCAGAUACCUGAGCUAAAUCUUAGCAGUGCUUUUCUGCCAUCUGCUGCAGAGCAGAAGAUAUCAGACAUGUCAAUAGCACUGAAGCAAGUCUUUAAUAAGGAUAAGACUUUUCGUCCAAAACGCAAGUUUGAACCUGGAACCCAGAGGUUUGAGCUACAUAAAAGAGCUCAGGCCACUCUGCACUCAGGUGUGGACUUGAAAGCAGCUGUACAGUUGCCCAGGGGAGAAGACCAAAAUGACUGGGUGGCUGUCCAUGUUGUUGACUUCUUCAACAGGAUCAACCUCAUUUAUGGAACUAUCUGUGAGUUCUGCACAGAGAGGACCUGCCCAGUGAUGUCUGGAGGCCCUAAGUAUGAGUACCGGUGGCAGGAUGACAUGAAAUACAAGAAGCCUACAGCGCUGCCGGCACCGCAGUACAUGAAUCUCCUCAUGGACUGGAUUGAGGUGCAAAUCAACAACGAGGAUAUAUUUCCUACAAGUGUAGGUGUUCCCUUUCCAAAGAACUUCCUUCAGAUCUGCAAGAAGAUACUUUGCCGGCUUUUUCGGGUGUUUGUUCACGUCUACAUUCAUCAUUUUGACCGUAUCAUCCUCAUUGGGGCCGAGGCCCACGUCAAUACCUGCUACAAGCAUUUUUAUUACUUCGUGACAGAGCUCAACCUGAUAGACCGCAAAGAACUAGAGCCUUUGAAGGAGAUGACAACCAGGUUGUGUCACUGAAGAGCCACUCACGGAAGAGAACAUGUCCAGUUUCAUCCUUGCUGCAGAGUUCCAGAACAUGGCAGCCUUUGCAGAAUGCAUCUGCUUUCAAUCCAAGAAAGCAGAAAAGAUGGGAACUGCAGUUACUUUCACAAAAGUUUUCCACUGCUGUCAGUGUUCCUAACCCAGAGUAUGCUGCUAGGAACCUCAUCCGGCCGACGUGAGGGAAAGAAGAAUCGACUUCAUAUUAAUCCUAGCUUCUUCAUUAAGGCUAAGAACCUCUUGAGGCGCACGUAAUGACUGACCAUGUUCCUGCUGCUAAAGCCCACUGAAAUUCAGGUCCCUGGGCUGACCUCCGGAUCCACUGUAUUCAAAUGAAACUAUUACUAGCUGCAAUGUUGUUUUCUUUUUAUUUUGCUCCUCAGUUUAUGCUUUGUUUCCUAAAUGAAGUGGAAUAUCAAGUCAGUCUGGAGUUACAGAGAACUUACCUGAACAUCUCCCAUCCAUCACCAGACCACUCAAGGCUUGGCUGCUGUUCCCAAAUGCCAGAGAGCCUUGUGUUUCCACAAACACAGCCCUGUCCUUUUGCUGACCGUAGAAUUGCAGAAUUGUUUGUGUUGAGAGGGACAUUGAGAGUUCAUGUAGUCCUACUCUCCUGCAAUCAAAAGGAACAUCUGCAAGGACAUCAGGUUACUUCGAGCCUGGUCUAGCCCUGACCUUGCUGACCUCAUCAACAGCUUGUUUGCAUUGCAAUUCCUAAUGGAGUGAUGGAGGGUCAGCCUCUGAUCUCAGCUACAGGAGCUCCAGACACAGCCCUGCAAUGUUGAUGUCUGUCUUCAAAUUCUUACUGUGACUGACAGCAAAUCUGCUCAGUGUUUCUGCAUUACAUAAGAAAGCACCUAUAUUGUCAGCAUUUCCUGAAAUACCCUACAAAGUGCACCAGUGCAUGAUGUAACUUGAUGUCCUAUGAUCCCCUUAGAGGAAGGACAGCUUUCAUUCUCCCAAAUGUUUAAUCUUUUCAGGGGAAAAGAAAUGUAAUUUCGGUAACUGGGAGGAAGAUGAGUAAAGAUGAAUAGUAUAACUGUCAGGCCAGGAGGGACUGAGCAAAGGACUCUUUUGCAUCUGAAUUGUGCUAGCAGUGUGGCCUUAUUUCUGCACUGGAGAAUAUUUCUCCCCAGUUCUUAGUCCAACUUAACACAUUGGUAAACAGCCUGGAGGGAUGUAAACACCGUAGAUCCAGUCUUCUGUGUCAAAUAUACCCUGAUGAAAGGCUUUCUUAAAAAAAAAAAAAAAAAAAAAAUUAAAUUAAAAAAAAAAAAAGAAGCAAAAAGCAAUACUUAGCAGAUCGCAGGAGAGGUUUAGCUGAAUAAAUGGGGAUUGAAUGGAACACACCUACGUAUUCUGUGCCUUCUGAUGAAUUUUGCACAUUUUUGCUAUUGUGAUAGAUUACUCUUUCCUUUUUAAGUGCUGAACCCUAUUGCUGCCUUCCCUACAAGCGAGUUAGGUGUGUUUACUUCUUCUGAGACAUUAUCAGAAUGAAAUCUCAUGGAGUAUCCAGUGAUUGGAACAUUAGAAAAUAGAGGUGUAGCAGUGAUUAAGAAUAACCACAAUCCCUUUGUAGUUCAUGUUGUCGUGUAUUCUGCCUUUCUCGCUUGCUUGCUUGCUUAAAAUAGAGCUUAUAAAUCUUGGUGAUCCUGUUCUUGCUGGGAGAAAUGGCUUUUGUCUGUGAACAUUCAGCAUAGCUAGGUGGAGACUUCUCUGCAUCUUUAGAAUGACACAAGGAGCGCUGUCCUUUGCUUUCAGGGAAGUAGGCUGAAGUGUCCUUCCUCUUCCAGUAUUAUUUUCAGUUAGGUUUAUUCUUUGUGGGUUGCACGACAUAACACCUCUGGGGUGCUGGCACUCGGGCAUGGUAUAACUGUCUAGUGGUAUUCAUUGCCAAAGCUAUUGCUGGGCUUUGCUGCUUCAUUUUGGAUGUAAUGAUAAAUGUUGUGUCCUUGGAAGAAGGCUACACGGAUAUGCGUGGAAUUGCAGCCUUGAUUACAUCUGAAGAGGUUUCUUACACCUUCUCCAAAGCCUGUCAGGUCAUUGUCCUGUUGGAGCUGGAGCUGUAGUUGAUACAGUGUACUUGAACUUCACUGUUGCCAGUUCCCAUCUUCUCUUCCUAUGGCUGGGCAGUACUGCAGUGCUGUGUAUUAAAGAUUAACAUAACGGUCAAAGUGCCAUUGCAGAAAUUGAGAAACAGUAUUUUUGCAUAAAAUCUGUCCUUCAGUUUGUUCUGGUCCUUACCAUAAGCUGUCUUGAGUCUAAUUACUGUAGCGAUGUCUGGAAAUGCAGAAGAAUUUGCUCCCAUUUACUUUGAAUUACUUUUGAAUAACCUUAUAAACGCGUUAAUCUCAGCAUGUUUGCAAAAGUUCUUUGUUGGAGUGUGUUUAUUUUUCUAAAACCAUCUUUCAGUUUCCUUGGCUCUUGUGUUUCCUUUUCUAGCAUUAGGAGGCUAAGGAGGGAAUAUUCACUGUGGAAUCCUAGAGGAUCUGUGUUUGCCAGGGCCAAAAUCCUGACGAGUCUAAUUGGAAAGGGAUUUCAACCCAGGAGUUGAACCACCACACGAUGCACUUGGUUUGGUGGUUUGCUCUGAUGGGAAGAAGGUGGAGUUUUGCCCCAGCUUGUGUUUUCUCUGUGAGCACUGAGCUCUUUCUGUCGGUCCCACCGGUGUUGUGACAGGCACAGGCCCAAGUUCUGUGCGUAGGUAGUAGGGCAGAGGCCUUUUGGCAGCCUCUUCACUUUUUAUCUGUGCCACGCUAAGGGUGGUGUGAUGCCUGGGCAUCGCAAAUCUGUUGAGCUGUAUUUGCUGUGGAAAACAUCCAAAGCCAAAUUGAAACUUGCUAGAUGAUGAAAUACACUUUCUCCAGAUGGCAGGGUUGGGUCCUUGGCCAAAUGUUUCCCAACAAGUACUACUUUCACUGCAGAGGUAUCCUGCCCUGGCCUUGCCAUCCUGUGCCAUGGGCCACUUCUCCAUUUCCCGCGCUUGGUACUUGAUAUCUUGUUAUGAAUAAUGUCUGGAACGUGGCAUUGCUACAUGAAUAUGUCAAGUUACUCUUCCUCUGGAGGAGAGAGGGGCAGCAGCCUGUUGGAUCCAGAUCUGAGGCAUUCCAGCUUUAUCAGCAAUCUGCUUGGGGCCACAUCCAGAUGACUCUUGUUCUGGGUGUUGAUCACAGGUCCUGAUUUAUGUGAUUCCUCAGGAUAUGUCAAGAGAAAUCUAUUUUAAAUGUGAUGGUAUGCAAAAGCGUGCAUUCCACCUACUGAGAAAAUCUUUCUACUUGACCUUACCAUUUAUGUGUCUUCCUAAUCAUUCUCCAGCGUGUGUCCUAUUAGCAUUUCAUGUGGUUCUGGAACUGUGUUUUGUUUUGCUUUAUUUCUUGCCUUUCAAUAAGAUCUUUUUUUCUUUUUUUCAUACCUAGAAAAAAUCCUGUGAGUCUGGCAACUAUCUUAAGAGGUGUUCUUAGUACUGAGCUUCAAGGCACUCUAAGUGGGAUCACUUCAGUUGAUAGAGGCCACAGCCACCUUUAUUUCAGGACUCCUGUGAUACCAAAAUUGCCUUCAGUGAUUAAAGACUGAUUAAUAGCUUUCAUUGAUUCGUCUCUGCCAUAAGGGAUUUUGUGAUGAACUUCUGCUUUGUGUGAAUGUAGGUUAGUGCUAGACUGUAGCAACAAAUCUAAUAUGAAAAAGAUCUUAACUUCCCUUAUGUUUAGUGAAGGAUGGAGUUCCAGGGACUAGAAAGGGAGGCUUUUCAGCAGCAGUGAAAUUGAUUAUUCCCUUUUGGAUAUGAGAAAAGGUGAAAACUUGAGUUUUUCCGAGAACUCAAGCUCUAAGCAGCAAAACUCAUUGCCAUACAAUAGUCGUGGUUAAUUCUGCUGACCAGUGCAUUUGUUAAGAACAGGGCAGGAGGACAGGAGAAAAAAAAUGUAACUCAGACCAAUUAACAUUUAAGGAAGACACGGAGAAACCUAAGGGGUAAACACCAUCACAGUAAUCAUGCACGUUCCCAGGACUGUGUGGAGAGGACACGGAGAGAAUGGUGCCCUUGUGAGCAAGUAUCCGGACCACGAUUAGUGAUAGCCUCUCAGGUCUUCAUCGUUCUUAUUAAUCAGGAUUCCAGGUUGUUUCCAGCCAAAGGCAGCCGCCUCUCCACCACAGAAAUUUAGAUCAUGGAGUCAUAGAAUGCCUUGGUUGGAAGGGACCUCAAGGAUCAUGAAUCUCCAACCUCCCUGCCACAAGCAGG